UGUGUGUGUGUGUGUGUGUGUGUGUGUGUGUGUGUGUGUGUGUGUGUGUGUGUGAGAGUGUGAGUGUGUGUCCGCCCCCCUUUGCUUCAUUUCCUGAAUCCCUGCCUCUUCACUCGCUGUGACAUGGGAAACAAACGCACACGUACGGAUUAAAAACUGCAUAAAAAUGACGAGAAAAGCUCAGUUUGGGCCCGCCUCCUUCUGAUGAGCUCCACCAAUGGGCUGAGGGCAGGGGCGGGGCCAGGAUGAGUGCUGAGCUGCUAUUGGAGGAGACGCUCAUCAAGCGGUCUCAGCAGAAGAAGAGAACUUCUCCUCUGAACUACAAGGAGAGGCUGUUCGUGCUGACCAGGAGCAAACUCACAUACUACGACGGGAGAGCAGAGAAGAAGUUCAGGAGAGGUUCCAUCGAGCUGAGCAGGAUCAGAUGUGCAGAGAUCGUGAAGAACGGAGCAGGAGUAAUCCCCUGCCAGAACAAAUACCCCUUCCAGGUUGUUUACGACGCGAACACUCUCUACGUUUUCGCUCCGAGUCACGACAGCAGGAGUCUCUGGGUGCAGAGCCUCAAAGAGGAGAUCAAAGAUAACCCCGGGGUCUGGGCGAAGUUUCACCCUCAGUUUUGGCAAGAAGGGGCGUGGCUCUGCUGUCGUCAGGCGGAAAAACUGGCUCCGGGCUGCGAGGAGUACAACCUGUUCGGAGACAUUUCCAGAAAACCUCUACCCCCGAUUCCUGGUGAGGAGCGCAACAAUGAGAGGCGGCGGCCCCCUCCCCCCCCCCCUCCCAUGAACGAUGAAGAUGAUCAAGACGAAGAUGAGGAUGAGGAGGAAGAGGCGGUGGUGGUGGCGCUGUACGAUUUCCCCGGGAUGGAGCCCCACGACCUGAGUCUGGAGAAAGGAGGCGAGUACGUGGUCCUGCAGAAAUGUGACGUGAACUGGUUCAGAGCGAGGAACAAGUACGGAGAGGAAGGCUACAUCCCAAGUAACUAUGUAACUGAGAGAAAAUCCGGAAACCUGGUGCAUUUUGUGUGGUACAGUAAACAAGUCAACAGGAAUAAGGCUGAGGAGCUGCUGAGGAAGGAGGAUAAAGAAGGCGCUUUCAUCGUCAGAGACUCCAGCACUUCGGGAGCUUACACCGUCUCUCUGUACGCCAAAACAGCUGCAGGGGACGGAGGAGCAGUUAUAAAGCAUUACCACAUCAAGGAGACACAGGGAUCGCCUCUGCAGUUUUAUCUGGCUGAGAAACAUUUAUUCUGCUCCAUCCCCGACCUCAUCGAGUAUCACAAACACAACGCAGCAGGUCUUGUUGCCAGGUUGAGGUAUCCAGUGGGGAAACAGGAUAAAGCGGCUCCGUCCACCGCAGGAUUCAGCUACGAGAAGUGGGAGAUUGACCCCAGCGAGCUGACCUUCAUGAAGGAGGUGGGCUCUGGGCAGUUUGGGCUGGUGAGGCUGGGGAAGUGGAGGCAUCAACACCGAGUGGCCAUCAAGGCCAUCAGAGAGGGAGCCAUGUUGGAGGAGGACUUCAUCGAGGAGGCCAAGGUCAUGAUGAGGCUCUCUCACCCUAAACUGGUGCAGCUGUACGGCGUUUGCAGCCAGCUCAAGCCCAUCUACAUCGUCACAGAGUUCAUGGAGUUCGGCUGCCUACUGAAUUUCCUCAGGCAGCGGCGGGGCAGCUUCAGUCUGGAGUCUUUACUCAGUAUCAGCCUGGACGUCUGCGAGGGGAUGGAGCACCUGGAGGCCAACGGAUUCAUCCACAGAGACCUGGCUUCCAGGAACUGUUUGGUGAACGACUCUCUGGUGGUGAAGGUGUCUGACUUCGGCAUGACCAGAUACGUGUUAGACGACCAGUACACCAGCUCAUCGGGCACCAAGUUCCCGGUGAAGUGGUCGCCUCCCGAAGUCUUUAACUUCUGCAAAUACAGCAGCAAGUCCGACAUCUGGUCCUUCGCCGUUUUGAUGUGGGAGGUUUUCACCGAGGGUCGCAUGCCAUUCGAACAGAGUCAGAACCACGAGGUCGUUACCUUGGUAACCAAAGGUCACCGCCUCUACAGGCCGAAAAUGGCGACGCCCACAAUCUAUGACAUCAUGCAGCUCUGCUGGCACGAGAGACCGGAGGAGCGUCCAUCUUUCGCUCAGCUCUGCCUGAUGAUCUCUGACGCUCUGGAGGCUGAUGCCCCGCCCCUAAACUGAUCAACCGACCAAUCAGCUGCUCCCACCAUCCCUGGUCCCAAACUCCCACCAUUCACCUCACUGUUAUUGUUUAAUUUACUGACAAUAACACAGAGAAGACGUUGUAAUAGAUUGGUGCAGGAAUGAGUCCUAAAACCCUAUUUCCUGUUUCCUUGUCAACGGUUUUCUGAAAGUGUUUUUAUUCUGAAAUAAGGUCUGUGGUUAACAGAAGCUGAAGAGAUUAGUAUUGUACGACAUUAACUACAAAAGUAAAUACCCCACUGGUGAAUUUAACGACAGCGGUUGCUAACAAGUGUCUAAAUGAGACGAUUAAACAUCAUCAAGCCCAACAUUAGCCGCCUAUAGCUUAGCGGUGGUGACGUGAAGUCAUGCAAUGACCGUGCUGUAGUUCCUUUAUAGCGUUAGAUUUUUACUUCAGAAAUCAUAAAGUGGUGUUGACAUGUGGAGAAUAUCCUUCUGAACUAAACGUGUAAGUAUCAUAAACGUUUGUUUGACACAGAGAUUAUUUUCUACCAUAAUUCGAAAAUCCAAUGGAAAAUCCCAUUGAACCAUGAGAUGCUGCCUUCAGGGUCGGACUACAGAAAACGACAUCCUUGCACCACUCUACGGAGCUUACAUCGUCUAGAACUGACAAAUCAGAUGAAGCGGAUCGACCACUCACUCAUAAUCAUCCACCAAUCACGUUUGUUUAUCUAUUCAUGUAUAAUAAACUCACAAAUCAAUACUUAUAUUCUUUUUAAAUUUGCUUCGCUGCCGGCACGAAUAGAUUUGAUGCAAAAUAUUUGCAGGCGAGUAUUUUGCAUUAUUGCGUCAUCCUGUCUAUAAAGGUCUUUAAACUGAAGCUGUGUCCAUGAAAUAAAACACUGCUCAUGUUGAA